UAUACAUGUUGUAAAUUUUAUAAAUUUACUCAGAUUAAAUGUAAAAUUAAAUGUCUAAUUAUUUUAUUUAACUCAGGACAUUUUUGACAUAUAACAAGUGAAAAUCAGUUUGUGAAAAUAUAAAAUUAUGCUUAGAAAUUAGCAUUAUUGACCUUUGUUGUUUUGUGAUUCAAAACAUUGCAGACUCAUUACUGCACUUUUAAUCAACCUUGUUAUUUUGAGGACAAAAAUUAAUGUUGCUCAACACUUAAUUAAAUUGUAUUGGAACAAUUUUGAUAAUGUCGUCCAAUCAGGAACUAGAGAUAUUUAAGGAAGAACCCCUGUCGCCCUCGAUGUCAGAAGAUUUUGAUGGAGUUGUUGUGGAUGAUUGGGUUUCGUCUGAUGAUGAUUAUGAUAAUAAUAAAGUAUCUGUAGGAGAUACAAUUAUCAAAGAGGAGAUCGAUGCAAAUGAAGGAACAUAUCAUCCCACUUAUGCACAUGUUGCAACCAAACUUUUAGAAGAAUUAAAUGAUUUUAUCAAAAAAGAAGAUGUGAAUGAAAAGGAUGAUAAUACAGAAAUUAAAGACAAUUUUGAAAAGGUGUAUGUAAAAAGUGAAGUGAAUAAUGAAAUUGUAGAAAAACAAUUUCCAAUAACUGAAAAACAAUCUGAAUCAAUAGAAAUAAACAACUCUAAAGUAGAAGAAAAACAAUUUGAUAAAGUUGAAAAAUGUUCAAAUAUUUGGGAAUUUAAAAAACAUGAUAAAUUUUUUAUGAUUAUGAAGCUCGGAAAAAAUAUUAUAUAUGGACCUGAAUGGUGGUGUACAUUUCCAGAAUAUCAGCAAAAAGAAUUAGCAGAAAAAAUUAAGAUUUUAAUUGAAAAAGAUCCUGAUGGUGUGCAUUUUUUAGAUGGCACCUUUUUUAUUAUUAGAAAUAAUCGUUUGAAAAUUGUGGACAGAAGACUAGUUGCUUAUGACGAUAAUGGAAAAAGAUCAUUAACCACACAACCAACUUUUGCAUUAACAAGAAAUAUGAAGAUAAGAUGUCCAAUGUCAUGGUUGAUGGUUGCCCGUCAAACCCGAAGUAGAUGGGGAAAUGAAAUUAAGCAAAUGAUACAUAAAAAUGGUGGCAAUAUGUAUAAACCAUUUACAUUUAAUGGCUUUAGAUAUAAAAUUAUUGACUCACCUUUUAAACAUGAGAAAAGUGUCAUUAAAGAGGGGAUAUUAAAAAGAAUUUAUACGUAAAAUUUAAAAUGAAUCCUUUUUUCUUAGGAUAUCAUGAUUUUGGUAUUAAACAUUCUACAAUGUCCGUAAAAAAUUUUUUUUCGAAAGCUAUGCCCUGAAUAUCUGUGAUAAUCAUAAAAUUUUUUUUAUUAAUAAUAAUCAUAAUUGUUAUUUAAUUAAAAUUAUUUAAUUAUUUUUAAUUAUAAAAUUUUUUGUUUUAA